AGCUUUUUAAAAGAGAUAGUUUUCAACCAGUGGCAAAGAAACUGUGGAGAAAUAAGACAAGCACCAGAAAUUCAACGUGGGACUGAAGAUACUGAGAAAACCAUGAGUGGCUGUCCGUUCUCAGGAAGAAAAUUCUUACACAAAUCUCCAUCAGGUGAUAAAGGUGAUGCAUCACAAGCUGGAACAAACAAAGCCAGUAAGAGAGGAAUAUUAUAUGGGGAAUAUCUGCAGCUGGAUAAAAUAAUCAAUGCACAGGAACUAGAAAGUGUGAAGAAAGGAAAUAUGGUACACGAUGAACAUCUUUUCAUCAUUACCCACCAAGCUUAUGAAUUGUGGUUCAAGCAGAUUCUUUGGGAACUGGAUUCAGUUCGAGAAAUAUUCCAGUAUGGGCAGGUGAGAGAUGAAAGAAAUAUGUUGAAAGUGGUUUCGAGAAUCCAUCGCAUUGCUGUAAUCCUUAAACUCUUGGUGGACCAGUUUGCGGUUAUGGAAACAAUGACGGCAUUGGAUUUCUUUGAUUUCAGGAAUUAUUUAGUCCCUGCAUCCGGAUUUCAGAGUAUGCAGUUUCGCUUGAUGGAGAAUAAGAUUGGAGUUCUUGAGAGCUUGCGAGUUCCUUACAGUAGAAAGCACUACAGGGACAACUUCAAAGGGAAGGAGAAUGAACUGCUCCUUUUAUCUGAGCAAGAACCAACACUAGUACAGCUUGUCGAGCAAUGGCUGGAACGAACGCCUGGACUUGAGCCUGAUGGAUUUGAUUUCUGGGGUAAACUGAAUACCAACAUUGACAUUGGCCUGAGGGGAAAUUAUGCUGAAGUUCAGUCAAAGCCUGAUUCUGAGGAGAAGGAAGAGCAGUUGGAGGAACUCAACAGAAAAAAAGAAGUGCUUACAGCUCUGUUUGAUGAGAAACGCCAUGAACAUCUACUGAGUAAAGGUGAUCGAAGACUGUCUUAUAAGGCACUGAAGGGAGCUCUUAUGAUCUACUUUUACAGAGAAGAACCACGCUUCCAGAUACCAUUCCAGUUACUGAAUUCUCUCAUGGAUAUCGAUAUCAUAACUAAAUGGAGAUACAACCAUGUGUGCAUGGUGCAGAGGAUGAUUGGAAGUAAGCUUGGCACUGGUGGAUCCUCUGGCUAUCAGUAUUUGCGUUCUACCAUGAGUGAUCGAUACAAGGUAUUUGGCGAUCUGUUCAACCUUGCAACAUUCUUGGUGCCAAGGCAUUGGAUUCCAAAGCACCCUUCAAACCACAAAUUUCUUCACACGGUUGAGUGCUGCGAUAGCUCAUACUUCAGCAGUGAGGACUCUGAUUAACAUGAAAAUCAACUAAAUAUGACUGUAUAUUUUCCUCAAAAUACAU